AUGAAUAAGACCCUCUAUGUACAUAACUUGAGCGACGGAAUCGGAUCUCAACGACUACGUGAACAGCUAUAUCUGCUGUUCUCUACAUGCGGAGAAGUGGUUAAGGUAAGCGUCAACGUUCGGAAGAACAGAGGUCAAGCUUUCGUAACCAUGAAAACCGUUGAUGAAUCUAACCUCGCGGUUGGCCUACUAAACGGUGAAACAUUUAUGGGCAGAACUUUAAGCGUAGAAUUUGGCAAACAGGAAACUUUGAAACUCUGA